AUAAGCCAAAGAGUUCGGCCAGUAGGCGAAACACAGAAACGCUUCUUGCCAGUCGAACCUCUCAACCAGAAAUCAGUCGUCAGCUAGUAGCCGAAGUGUCAGUUACACACAUCGAGAGUUCCAAAAAAAAAAAGAAACAAACCGCGUUGCUCCGGCGAUUAGAUCCCAUCAUAUCAGAUCAUAACGUAUUUAUUCAAAGUGUCGAAGAAAAUCUAAGGAAAAAUCUAACAGAGACUGAUCUGAAAGUGUUUGCAAAAACCCCUCCAGAAAAAGAGAAAAGACCAAAACUAGGCAAAGUGAGAAAACGUGCAGCAACGAUCGCGAAUCGCUGCAAUUAAAAAGUCGUCAUAAAACCCAGUGACCAGCCGGAAAAAAAAGACAAACAAGAAGAUGAACCAGACAUGCAAAGUGUGCGGUGAGCCGGCGGCGGGCUUCCAUUUUGGCGCCUUCACCUGCGAGGGCUGCAAGUCAUUCUUUGGCCGAUCGUACAACAAUAUCAGCACCAUUAGCGAGUGCAAGAAUGAGGGCAAGUGCAUCAUUGACAAGAAGAACCGCACCACCUGCAAGGCGUGCCGCUUGAGGAAGUGCUACAACGUGGGCAUGUCGAAGGGUGGAUCCCGGUACGGUCGCCGUUCCAACUGGUUCAAGAUCCAUUGCCUGCUGCAAGAGCACGAACAGGCUGCUGCUGCUGCUGGCAAAGCGCCACCCACCGCAGGUGGUGUGUCAAUGGGUGGUGCUCCGUCGGCCUCCUCUCCAGUGGGCUCGCCACAUACACCCGGAUUUGGGGACAUGGCUGCCCAUCUGCAUCAUCAUCAUCAGCAGCAGCAACAGCAGCAGGUGCAGCGUCAUCCACAUAUGCCUCUGUUGGGUUAUCCCAGCUACUUACCCGAUCCAGCCGCCGCUCUGCCCUUCUUCAGCAUGAUGGGUGGCGUGGCCCCGCAUCAGUCGCCCUUCCAACUGCCCCCGCAUCUCCUCUUCCCAGGCUAUCAUGCCAGUGCUGCUGCUGCUGCGGCUUCGGCUGCCGAUGCCGCCUACCGCCAGGAGAUGUACAAGCACCGCCAGAGUGUGGAUUCCGUGGAGUCGCAGAACCGUUUCAGCCCUGCCAGCCAGCCACCGGUGGUGCAGCCCACCUCCUCGGCCCGCCAGUCACCCAUCGAUGUGUGCCUGGAGGAAGAUGUCCAGUCCGUUCAUAGCCAUCAGUCGUCCGGAAGUCUCCUGCAUCCCAUUGCCAUCCGUGCCACACCCACAACACCGGCCAGCAGCCCACUGAGUUUUGCGGCCAAGAUGCAGAGUUUGUCGCCAGUUUCCGUGUGCUCCAUUGGUGCCGAAACCACCAGCCUUGCUCCAGUGCAUCCACCCACAACCACAACCGCCCAAGACGGACCCAUGGAUCUGAGCAUGAAGACCUCAAGGAGUUCGGUGCACAGCUUCAACGACAGUGGCUCCGAGGAUCAUGAGCUGGAGGUGGCUCCGCGUCGCAAGUUCUAUCAACUGGAGGCCGAAUGCCUGACCACCAGCAGCAGCAGUUCCUCCCACUCCGCAGCCCACUCGCCAAACACCACCACCACCACCACCCAUGCCGAGGUCAAGCGGCAGAAGUUGGGUGGUGCUGAGGCCACCCACUUCGGAGGCUUCGCGGUGGCCCACAAUGCGGCCAGUGCCAUGAGGGGAAUAUUCGUGUGUGUCUAAGUACACGGCGAAAAAAAAACAAUUCCAAGUGGGAGGAGUCGCCCCAAAAACCCUCGUUGUUUAUUUUUUGUUACUUAAAGAAAAUGUAAAUUUUUUUUCGUGUGCUCGCUCACACUUUGAGAAGGUGAAAGAGACAGGGAAACAGACAGGUUUCGCUGGAAAGAGACAGCUAGGCCAGGUAGUUGCAUUGCACUCGCACAUAAGCACACACCAAUACAUACACACACAUAAAAAAGAAACCAACACACACACACUCACCUAUUGAGCUCAGAUCCAAAAAUUAUUUUUAUGAAAACGUUAAAAAAAUUGUAAAUAUUUCCUUGAGCCUCGUUUGCAAUUGUAUCUUAAAGUUAGCCAAGGCGGAAGUAGAAGUAGUAAUCAUUCCCACCCUCAAAAAUGCUAUUGUACAUAAAAAUUUGUUAAGUCUAAGCAUGAUCUUGCAUUGCAUCUAAGUAUUUUAUUAUAUUUUAGUUUUAGUUAUUGUACGUCUAUAGAUUGGCUUUUAGUUAUGUCAAAAAGAAAAAAUAAAAACUAUUAAAAAUUAAAA